AUGGUCGUUCAGUUAAAAUUUGAAAAUUCGUUUUGGACAGCUGGAAAUUAUCAUAAGGGAAUUAAUAUUCUAUAUGAUAAAUUAGAUCAAGGUAGUGUAGAAAACGAAGAAAUCAUAGAAUUUCUUAAGGAAAGGAUAGCGGUAGAAGAAUUAUAUGGCAAAAAAUUGUGUGAUCUUUCUCAAAUAAAUAGUCGACCGAAUGGUUUUCUACGUGAUGAUGGGGCUUCUUUACGACGUUCAUUUGAAAUUGUAAAACAAGAAUGUGACCAAUUAGGGCAAGCCCAUUUACAAAUGGCAAAUAAUUUGUCAGAUUUGGUGCUUAAACCUUUUAUCAAGCAGAGUGAUGAUUAUAGUAAAAAUCUUAGAGCAAGUAGAGAAGAAAUAACGGGUUAUUUAAAAUUGUUUGAUAAAAUGGUUAACGAAGUAGAAAAAUCAAGGACUAAUUAUAUAACAAAGUGUCAAUUGGCUGAUGAAGCUGAAGAAAUUUCGACUCAUGAAACAGAUACUUUAUCAAUAUCAGAAAAAGAUGUGCAGCAAGACCAACCAUUAACUGUCACACUUGGGAAACAAUUGUUUUCAGAGGAAGAAAUAAUGCAAUUUCUUGCUAAGAUGCGUGAGGAAAUUCCUUCUAAAGAAAUUAAAAUACCUAUCCUUGGUACUUACAAUGAUGCUUAUUCCGGUGAAGAUAUUACAAAAUGGUUAACAAAAAAUCAUAUUAACGCAUAUUUAUGGGAGGAUGCUGAACGUAUUGGUCAAGAACUGGCUGAUCAAGGUUUCCUAAAACACAUUGGUGCUAUUGGAAAUUAUUUUGUUAGCACUCCUGUUGCUUAUUUUCAAUUCAAGAGUAAAGCAUUUAAUCUCAAAGAUACUGAGGAAGUUAACGCUGGAAUGGGUUGGAGUGGAUUGAUAUAUGCAAUUUCAACUAAUCAACCUUCAGAAAAACGUUCUCGAAAAGAAGCCGAUGAAGCCGAUGAAGCAUAUCGACAUGCAGUAAGAAGACUAGACAGAACUCGGUUAUUUCUUGAAGAAUCUAUGAUGGACCAAAUGAGUCUUAUGGAAAGACGUGAAUUCGACCGUAUAAAAUCUUCAAAAACAGCUUUUCUGAAUUAUUCUACCACAUGCAGCACCGUGGUUUCUGCUGCUCAGUUAAUGUCAGAACGUUUACUGAUAUAUCAUGAAGCAUUGAAACCUGAAAAAGAUAUCCAAAUUAUUAUACAGCAUUAUCGUACCGGUCCAUUUAACCCUAAGGUUGUUCUUUAUACUAAUCAAUAUAAUGGAAGCGCUAGUGAUCAAACUUUUGGCGUUUCACUAGCGGAAAAGGCACAAAAAGAUUUAAAAACAGUUCCUCAAAUUGUUACCAAAUGCCUAAGUUGUAUUGUUAAAGAUAAAAAGCUUUUAUGGACAACGAUUGUACCUCUAGCUGCAAUCCAUGGGCUUCGUGAAGAAAUUAACGAUGGUUCCAAGAUUACUUUAAGGAAAUUACGAGAGUAUGAUUUGGCCGUAGUUACUGGAGUAUUGAAAUUGUACUUUAUGGAACUCCCAGAGUGUCUACUUACGUUUAAACUUUACGACCCUGUUAAGCUGUUAUAUUCAAGUCUUGAGGAACAGGAUGAGAACAUGCGUGUAUCAACUAUUUCAACCCUUAUUACGUCACUUCCGGAAAGAAACUAUGAAACUUUAAAUGUUUUUAUAUCACAUUUGCAUAGUCUUAUAACGUCGAUAGACGCGGAUGAUGGCUAUAUUACGACACUUGCACAAAUUUAUGGAUAUAUUUUAUUAUAUCCAAAAAUCGAAGAAAAUGACGAGAAAAAUGAGAAAAAUGUGGGAAGAGUGUAUCUUAAUGAUAGGCAUCCAUAUCGUCUAGUCAAGGAUUUAAUAAUUCACCAUGAUAAAAUUUUUAUUAAACAACUGAAUACCACCUCAAGCAUUGUUGCUGAAGUUAUGCGACGUUCAGAAAGCCGUGAAUCAAUUUAUUCAAAUAGGUCAAGUCGAUCUAACCGUUCUAAUAACAGAGAUAGUAUCAGAGAUAGUAUCACGACAAAUUCUGUUACAAACUCAAUGAUUAUUGAAGAAGAUCAAGAGAGUGAAAUAAAUGAUGAAUAUGAAAUUCAGAUUGAUGAUAAAAUACCUGAAGUUACUGACGUAACAAGAUCCAGAGGAGAUUCUGUGAAUUAUGGUGUAGAACAUUCUGCAAUAUUACGUGCUAAAUUAUCUAGGCUUAGUUCAUCAGAAAGCAUUGAAUUUUCAAGACCCUUUACAUCACAAAGCCCAAUAACUCGACCAAUAGGACCUCGUCCAAACCCAUCAAAAGAUGAUAAUCAUAGUGGAACAAGUUCACCGAAAGAUACUCACAGUGUGACUAACAGCCUGAGUCGUCGACGAGGAAUAAAAAGGUAUAGCCGUAUUGCAUCACCUUCGGGUAAAUCACGAAAUCAAAGCAGUAGUAGUUCUGAAAGAGAACCAUUCAGACAUCAACCAAUUGAUGAUGAUGAGAAUGGAUCUGACUCUAGUUCUAAUUUAUCUUCACCUGAAUCACCAUCACUUCGGUUUAAUACAACACGAUCACAUUCUCGUCCUAGUUCGGAGAUCUUUGCUUUACAAAAACAGGGUUUACUUGUGGAUGAUGAUAUGGAAUUUGUUCCUAUUUCGCCAACACAUCAACCCAAAGUUCAUUAUCAUAAUGAUAAUUAA